AUGUGGAGGAAUCCGUCGCACUUGGUAGGCAUCUGCGGACUGCUGUCGGGCGUCGGGUGCCUCGUGCUCCGGCUCUGCGGGUCCCUGAGCGUGUCCCGGGGCGGCGGCUUUCUGGAGGAUGCCUUGCACGUCGCGCCGACGCUGCUCCUCGGCGGCGUCGUCUUUGGCAUCUUCAAGCUGCGCCUCCACCCGGCGCUCCUCGCGCCGCCGCUCGCGGUCGCGUCCGCGUGCUUCUACGGCGCCGUCGGCGUGUCGCCGGAGGCGCUCGCGGCCGCGCGGGGCCGGGGCUGGCUCUUCGACGCGCCGUCGGCCGCCGGCGACGGCGGCGCGUGGUUUCUAUGGGGGGCCUCGGCCGCGCCGGACCCGGGCGCGCUCUCGGCGUGCGCGCCGACGGCCCUCGCGCUCGUCGCCCUCGCGCUCCUCAAGAACAGCCUCAUGCUCCUGGCCAUGGACCGCGCGCUCGAGCUCCCGGACCGCGCGGCCUUCGACGCGCGCGGUUCCCCGGCGCCCGGACGGGGACGCGCGGCGUCGAUGGUCCCCUUCGCCAGGCACGACGAGCUCGCGCUCAUCGGCGCGGCGCACUGCGCGGCCGCGGUGCUCGGCGGCUUCGGCGCGAGCCCGAUGACGGCGCCGAACGUCGGCUGCCGCCCCCGGGGCCCGAGCGCGGCCGCGGCCGGCGCGCUCCUCGCCGUCGCGGUCGCGCCCGGCGGCCUCGACGCCGUCGCGCUCUGUGUCGCGCUCGUGCCGAAAUUCGUCUUCGCGUCGAUGCUCUUCGCCCAGGGCUGCGGCCUGCUCUUCGACUGGUUCGCCGCGCCGUUGGCGAAGCUCGACGCGGCGGAGACGGCCGUCGUCGUCGUCAUCGUCCUGACCAUGGUCUCCGCGGGCCUGCUCCGCGGCGUCGCGCUCGGCGCCGCGUGCUCGUUCUGUCUAUUGGCGGCGAACGCGUUCAAGGUGCCCCUCGUGCGCGCGAAGACGACGGGCCGGAAGUUCCGGUCGACGCACGACCGCUGGCUCGGCGCGGCGACGGCGCUCGACCGCGACGGCGACGCCAUCCGCCUCCUGCGGCUCCAGGGCUUCCUCUUCUUCGGCAACGCCGCCAGUUCCUCCCGCGUCGAGCUCCGGGCCGCCGCGCUGCCCCUCGCCGGCGUCGAGUCGCUCGUCCUCGACCUCAAGCUCUGCUACGGCCUCGACGGCGCGGCGGGCGACGUCGUCGCGCAGGUCCUCCGGGCCGCGCGGGCCGCGGGCGCCGCCGUGUCCUGCGCGGCCUGCGGCGCGGACGUCGCGCGGGGGCUGCGGGCCGUCGCCGAGGGCGGCGGCUUCUACGUCGAGUUCUUCGCGACGCUCGACGGCGCGCUCGACGCCGCGGAGGACGCGCUGCUGCGGCGGCGCGGCGCGAGCCUCGACGCGCGCGCCGUGGCGCGGAGCACGCUCGGCCCCGGCUGGGUCCUCGGCGCCGAGGACGUCGCGCGGCGCACGGCGUCGCUCGGGGCCUGCGUCGCGCGGACUCCCGCGACGCUGCACUUCGUCGCCGUCCGCGAAGUGACGGCGCUCGAGCGCGACGACCCGCGCGCGGCCCUCGCGCUCUACAAGGUCGUCGCGUCCGUGAACACGGCCAUCGCGAACCGGUGCAAGAUGGCCCUGGGGCGCAUGGCCGACGCGGCGUUCGAUAACCUGGGGUAG